AUGAGCAAGGCCUCGACCUCCACGCUACAGCGGACGAAGACCAAUCUUGGACGAACAUCAUCUAUCCUCUUAUCACCAUCCAAGAGAGGAAGGGCCGGCACAUCUACUGCUCAUGAUGCAUCUAUGAAGACACCAACGCCAGCGGAAAUCCUGAAGUGGACAUUUAAUCGUGCCUCCACAGCAUCUUGCUUCGUGAGUGACGUCCUCAACAUGAAAGAUAGUGGUUCCCGAGAUAUGGAGUUUUUCUGGCUUGGUCGCAUCCCAUGCCGAACGGUACGCAUCGUUGGUCUUGUGGUCGGCAUUCAAGUCCAAGAGAAAAGAACAAUGUACAUAAUUGACGACGGAACCGCGGUGAUUGAAUGUGGGCUCGCUCAUCCACAGCCUGCCCCCCGAAGCCCUGGGAAACACAAGUCUGUCAAGACAGCUGGUGCAUCAGCAAAACGGCCCGCGCCCUCUUCAGCCAAAGCGUCGUUCUCGGACUACGUUCGGGCUCCGGAUCCACCAAAACCUGUACUCCCCUUGCCACCUCCUGUACCAGUCAUCCAUGUCGGUCUGUCGGUACGGGUCGAAGGCCGCGUUAUCAAAUGGCGUGAUACACGCAUAGUGUUGGUUAAUGAGAUCCACGAAUGCCCUUCCUCCAAUGGUGAAUCUGAGCAUUGGAUGGCCGUAUCGAGACUGCAUCGAGAUGCGUAUUAUCCCACAAAACCGAUGCCGCCCUUUGUCCCACCUCCGCCGACACUACCUGAACUGCCUUGUUCUCCGUCGAAACAGGUCGUCCCAUCCGGGCCCCACACACCCUCACACUACUCCGUGGCUUCCCCCACAAACACCACUCCCACCACCAUCGCAGCAUCUUCCCCUGCAUCAAACGUUAGUGACGAGCACCAAGUUCCUCGGCUUCGUCAUCCAUCGCGUUUGCACACGCGUGACCUAACGACCAACACAUUCCGGAUAUAUGUCAAGCACUACAUGGACCAUGCGCCUCCGCCACCUCGGCGUCGUCGAUUUUCAGGUUCAAGAUCCGAAUCUCCGACCCCGACACCCAGGUCUUCGAAGAGACCACGGUACGAAAGUGACGUGGAUGCAACUCCUCGACCCUCAAGGCGGCUGAAAGCACACAAAGAGAACACCGCCACGCCUGCUCGCUCCCUCUUACCUGAUCCCGACACCGACGCUGAGUCGGAGGCUGAGUCGGAGUCAGACGAUGACGAGGUGUACGGCUUCACGCUGUCCCACCUCCGGCGCGUCCCCGAGCUUGCUCUACUUUCACGACGAGUUGUCAAAGCAGAAGCCCGUCGCCGCGCCAAGGAGAACCACCACAAAGAAAAAGAGAAAUCGCAACGCUCACAGGCGAAACCUGUGCCGCCCAUCUCUGGCUCCUCGCGCUCCGCACCGCCCAGCGACCCGCCCAUCGCAGCAGCAGUCAAGCGCCUUUUCAAACAAGCUAUCCGCACCCUAUUCACCGACGGCGACAUCGUACUCUGGGAAGGCCCUGUGCGCCCGCUCCCUCUCCAGCUCUCCCUCGUUCCAUCCGCCUCCCUCCCCUUGUCAUCAGGUCUAUGGAAGACACACAGCAGCACCCUAUCGUCCAUCUCCGCUGCGUCCUCUCGCUCCCGCCCCGUCUAUGAUGAAUGGGAUGAGGACGAGCCGCUCAGCGAUCCCCCGCCGCAUGAGGAGGCCUACAUCCCGCUCACGUCCAUGUACUUCGCGCGCGUUCUCGAGAGUGCGAUCCGCACCAUCAUGGACGCCGCCACCGCCCCGGCGCUGGGGUGCUACGCGGACGAACGGACUCCGACAAAGAAGUGUGCGCGGCGGCAACCGAUAUCGCUCAUCGAGAAGCUGCGCGCGGAGGAGCGGACAGGGACGGGGGUGUUGGCGGGGCCGACAAAGGGAGAGUUGCUGGUGUGGCUGCGGAACAGCGACGAGCGGUGGGCGCGGGUCGGGGAGUGGGCAGUCGAGGAGGCGUUGAAGUGGGGGGAGAAAGAGGGGCGGUUAUGGUGCGUUGGAAGGGACCGGUGGGAGGUGUGUGGAUGA